AUGAAAACCAGGCAAUUGACCACAAUUCGCAUCACCUACAAAGCUGAUAGUACGCUCAUGAAGGGAGUCAAGCGUUCUAAAUAUGAUCAAGAUAGUGGCCUUGGGUAUAAAUCUUCAAAAGGUGGAAGAAAACAGCUGAGGACCAUUAGAAAAACUGGCGGUAAAAAUAAUCGCCAUGAAACAUCGGACGAGGCCAACAAUGACGCUUCUGAUGAACUUAAACAACCCACUUCUGCCGCAAAGGAUGGCUCUGAUGCGCUUCAUAAGUCAGCAAACGAAGCUGGGCAUCAGAGAGAAGCUUACACUGCUCUUUUAACGUUGUUAAAAACUGACCAUAGCUCUAUGAAAAACGAUGGCACCAAAUCCAACGUCAAAAAUGGUGAUUCUACGCUAAGCCAGAAACCCGCAUGGGGUGGUGAGGCCGAAGACGAGGAAGAAGAUGAGGAACUUGCUAUAGAGAAUGCUCUGGUCGAUCAGCAAGAUGAUGAUGAUGAUAAUGACUUAGGUGACUCGGACAUGGCCAAUGAUGAUGAAACCCUUAUUGACACUUUAGAGAGCCAUUUCAACUCUGUUCCAGACAAAGUGUUAGAUGAUCUGGACGCUGCCUUCAAGGUCAAGUCUGUUCGCUACCGCUCUGGAAAAUCUCCCGUGGGCCCCAGUCAGGAAUACAUUUACUCUCGUCCAGCUCUACCAAAAGAUCCCCCUCAGCAGUUUGAGCUUCCAGAGCGUAAUCGUUCGAUAAGUCCCUACUUCGUAAAGCAAAAAUUGAAGGUACAGAACGAUCUUUUAGACCCUAGCAAGAAUGUUCUUACAGAACUUCAAAAAGAAUUGGUAGAUCCCAUCUUCCAAUAUCAAGAUCUACUUUACGAGUACAGUGGUUAUGAACAAGAGUCAGAAUAUCGAGACUUGUAUGCUCUUCACGUUUUGAACCAUGUUUACAAAACAAGAGAUCGAAUUUUGAAGAAUAACCAGCGACUUCAAGAAAACCCAGAUCAAGAAAUUCUCGAUCAGGGCUUUACAAGACCUAAAGUCCUGAUUGUUGUACCUACUAGGGAUACUGCUCAUAAGGUCCUUACCAAAAUAAUCGAAAAAUCUGGUAUUGAUCAAGUGGAUAAGAAAGGUAAGUUCCAAGACCAAUUCUUUCAGCCUUCUGCUACAAUCAAACACAAGCCUAAGUCAUUUCAACAUGUCUUUCAAGGAAAUACAAACGAUUUUUUUGUUUUGGGCGUUAAGUUUACCAGAAAGGCUAUCAAGUUGUACUCUAACUUCUAUCAAUCUGACAUCAUUGUAUGCUCGCCAUUGGGUCUUCAAUUAAUUCUAGAAAACACAGACAAAAAAAAGAGGCAAGAUGACUUUUUGUCGUCCAUUGAACUGUUGGUGAUCGAUCAACUGCAUAGCAUCGAAUUCCAAAAUGUGUUACAUUUGUCGUCGAUAUUCGAGCAUCUCAACAAGAUACCACAACAACAACAUGACGCUGAUUUUAGCAGAAUAAGAAUGUGGUACAUCAACGAUCAGGCCAAGCUUCUUCGCCAGUCCCUAAUUUUCACUCGAUACUCCUCGCCAUUUGCCAAUUCACUCAUAAACGGCAAAUGCAAAAACUACGCUGGUCGGUGGAAGAAUCAUACUCUAGUGAGUCCAGAUAAGUCCAGUUUAGGUCAACUUGGUAUGCGCACGCGUCUGAUUUUCCAAAGGUUCGAUUUGGCCGGAAAUUCGGCAAUUGACGAACCCGAUUACCGCUUCAAGUAUUUUUGUAGCGUGAUCGUCUCGAACAUUGUAAAAUCAACGGGUUACGAGGACGGUAUACUAUUGUACAUUCCGGACUACACCGAUUUUAUUCGUGUGCGCAAUUAUUUGCGCGAGAAGACCAGCAUCUUAUUUGGAGACAUCAAUGAGUACUCUGAACAACGACAACUCACAGCCAACAGGGCUUUGUUCGACCAAGGUAGGACCAAGGUGCUUCUGUAUACAGAAAGACUCCACCAUUUCCGUCGUUAUGAAAUUAAAGGCGUGAAAACCGUGAUUUUCUAUAAACCUCCCACGAAUCCCGAGUUCUUCGAGGAGACGGUUCGUUUCUUGGGCAAAAGUGCCUUUUUGGGGGUUGCCGACUUAAACAUUUCAGUGGUGAGAUGUUUGUAUUCAAAAUUAGACGGUCUUGCGUUGGAAAGGAUCGUCGGUACAGAAAGGGCAGCAGUUCUAACGCGGGGGCCUAAUGAAACUUACGAAUUUAAGUAG